AUGAGCAAUAGUAGUACUAGCACAGGGUCAGGCGAGGACGACAUUGAUCUGUUAGACAACGACGAACUUGGGUUCAACAAAGAGGAGAAGGAUACAUAUCGUCAACACUAUAUAGAGAAUCAUCUUGUGUACUUGUUGCUGAAGUAUGGUGAACAUCAUAGUGCAUUGAACACGGCACUCGAUGACAACAAUGAUGAGACUACUGCAAAGACUGUGACACUGCUCAAGCUAUACUGUCGACUUAUAACAUCAUCUAGAGAUAACAUACUUGAUGAUGCAUCAGAAGAUGUCUACACCAAGUCCAUCGACAUGCUUGUUGCAUCACUCACAAUUCCAUCAUACAUACAAGAUAUUGAACAACAGAAACUAUUCAAUGAGGACGAGUACAAUCAAUUGGUCACCAAAGCUAGGCAGCGUGUGGAGGUAACACAACAAGUUGUUCAGUUGCUGGCUACACUGGUUGGUCGCGAGAGUAGGCUGGCAAACAAGGUGUUGACAGCCAUUUACAUCGAUCGUUUGAUACCAUUGUUGGUGGACUAUACAACCAACAGUCUGAUACAAGUCGAUGUGGAACUCAAACAACAAAGUUCACUCUGGACUAAUCAUUCUAUUGAUGGAGCUGCUCGACAGCUACUCGAAUGCCUUGUCAAGAUAGGCCAUGCUGGCUCAUUGUCAGAGCUGCUAUGUCAGCGACCUGGAUCUUUAAUGAAGCAUUAUGCCACGAUGUUAUCUGACAAGGAAGGCGAGUGGAUCAACAACAUAGUACUGGUUCAUUCAUUCAGCUCCUUUGUAACACUUGUCAAGAAGCCUCAUUUGGUCGAUGUCCUAGACUCAUUCAAUCCAAUACCCAUCAACAUCAUUAUCAAUCUCAUUCAUUGUUCAAACGACCCCUCCAAACGCCUUGGUUGUGGCACUCUCCGUCACAUCCUAGACAAUCUCAACAAUGAACAACAGGCCAAGAAUAUCUUGAAUGCCCAUCCAAAGCUCUAUGAUAGACUAUUCUUUGUAGUGUCUAGUGAGGAAGAACAUGAGGAUACAAUCAAACAGAGCGCCGAGAUCUUGUUCCGCAUCCUCCAUCUAGCUAAUCCAAUCGACACUGGCUAUAUUACACAUCCACUGUUUAUGUCCAACCUGGGCUCAGCUUCAUCGGCUGGACAAGGUCAGCCAAAGGGCAGAUCAACAGCAGCGUCACAACAACAACUCCAAUCACAAUCACAAUCAUCAAAGUCAUUGCAAGAACAUAUCACCAUUGUCAACAUGAUUGUCCAGAGUCUACUAUCACCAAAGAGCACAACAUUUAAGAGGCAAUGUCUACUGCGGCACUCCAUCGAAGUGUUCCAAACCAUGGGUAUCUACUCCACGAUGUGUUUUAAGUCACUCAUUCCAUCACUAGUCACAUCGAUUGGCAACAAGGACCUGUCUGUUGAAUCGAUGCAGGCACUAAAGGAGUUAUACACUACUUGUUGGCCACGUCUGCCUCAUUAUAGGGAUGACAUUAUCCAAGCCUUGAAGAGUGUCCAUCAACGUGGACUGACCGAAGAGGACACGGCCUCUCUCUUGGCCAAAGAGUUGAUGUCAAUGGCCAAUUCCUAA